CUGGCUGGGUGCCCUCUUUUCUCCUUGGUUGCCCUUCCCGCUUUGAUCUCUUGCCUUUCACGCCUCGAUCACUUUUCUUGUUCCCGGAUCCUCCAGCCUCUCCUUCUUUCCCUCCUUCUUUCCUAGCUGCCUUUGAUUGCUUCCUCCCUCUCCUCUCGGUCUUUGUUUCAGUUGCUCUCUGUGUGGCUCCUCUUUUAGUCCCCCAGUUUCUCUCUUGCCCAUCUCUCUCUGUCCUCCCUCUCCCCUGCUGCCACUCCUCCCUGGGGUGGGAGAAAGGGAUCCCACCAAGGGCUGCCCGAGGAUCACUCCCCCCAACUCCAUCUCCAGCUUGCCCAGGGCUUGGGGUGGGGGCAGGAUCAGGAAAAGGCCCAGGGUACUCUAGGAGCAGAAAAUUCUCCCCUGGGCCAGGUGCCAUCCUGAAAAAGUAGAGGAAGGGAAAGGAGAAGCUUGUGGCUCUUUCCUGUAGGGUGAUGAUAACGUCAUUGUUGGCUAUUGACAGUCACAAGCUUAGUGCCAGGGUUGCCCUAUGUGCUCAGUAAAUGUUGGAAUGAAUUACCAGGCAGAGAGGGAGCCAGCCCUGCACAAGAUUGGCCUUUAUCAGAAUAUCAAGCAUUCCCAUACGUCAGCACUGAAGAUAUCUCCGGUUGUGAUGCUGAAUGUAGGGGGUGACUUCUACACUACCAACGUGAACACCCUGAGAAAGCUCCCGGGCUCAAAACUGGCAGAGAUGUUCUCCAGCUCAGCCAAGGUCUGCACAGAUGCCGAGGGCCGCUUCUUCAUCGAUCGCCCUGGCACCUAUUUCGGACCCAUCCUGGACUUCCUGCGCAGCGGGCAGCUGCCCACACAGCACAUCCCGGAGGUGUACAGGGAGGCUCAGUUCUACGAUAUCAAGCCUUUGAUCAAGCUGCUGGAGGACACACCGCAGCUCUUCGGCGAGCAGGUGGCUCGGAAGCAAUUCUUGCUGCGGGUGCCGGGCUACAGCGAGAACCUAGAGCUCAUGGUGCGCCUUGCUCGCGCGGAGGCGGUGGCUGCGCGGAGGUCUGGCGUGCUGGUGUGUGCGGUACGCACCGAGGAGGAUGCGGCGCACUGCGCCGACACCCUGCGUACCCUGGAGGCUGACAAGACGUCGGUGGUCAAGUUCGGGCCUUGGAAGGCAUCUCCCGACAUCAGGGACCUCCUGGACUGCGUGAAAAUGGACAUUGAGGCCCAAGGGUAUCAGGUAUCCUAUGAGCGCUACUCAGAGAAGUCAUUUCGGGCUAAGGUCGCCAAUUAUUUCUAUAUAUUCCUCUUCACCUGGUGGUAAUCCCCACGGGCAGAGGGUGGUGUGUGUGCAUGUGCUUAUUAUGGGCUCUGAUGGGGUUUGUGAAAUUAAAAGUUGUCAUCAAAAGCCAUCUUCCUUUAACUAUAAUAACAAAUGUCCAAAGUUGGUCCUCUACAAGACUUGCCCACAAAUAUCUCCCCCUUGAUGACUUUCCAUUCAUUGCAAUUGAACCUACUGUACUUGCCUAGCUAGGUGCAGCUGCUCUCUCUUCAAAGACUCAUACCUGCCAGUCCCUUCCCUCAAAUUAGAAAGCUAGGCUGAGAUAAUUUAGAAUGUUUCAGCAAUGCUUUGGCAGAAUCUGGGGGUUAACAGGAAAAUAACACAGGAUACCAUGAAUUUAGAUAAUCUGAUCUAAAAAUGUAGUCUACUCAGCCUCAAUUUAUGGUCCAGUGGAGCGAGCUCCUGAUGUGCACCUUAAUGAGGAAGAGGCCAAAUUAGCACCUGUAGUCUAUGCUGCCCAGAGCCCCUUUACCAGAUGCUGUGAAUGUUGGCCACUAAAUCCUCACAGCUGGUCCCUUCUCUACAGCAAUGGUUAUCAAAGCAUGGUCCUUGGUCCAGCAGCAGUAGCAGCACCUGGCAAGUCUUUUGAAAUACAAAUUCUCGGGCCUGAUUUUCAGACCUUUGAAUCAGAAACUCUGAAGGUGGGCCCAGCAGUCUGUUUUAACAAGCCCUCUGGGUGAUUCUGAUACACUCUAACCUUGAGUCUGUUUGCUCUAGAAGAGAACUGCCCUCAGCCACCAAGAGAUACCUUGCUUGUAUGGAGGUACAAAAGACUGACCCUUCAGGGAGGACCCAACUCUGGUGCAAUAAUUCCUGUCCUGAAGCUCCUUUGGGGGAUCAGGCUGAAGUCAGUCUUCACCUGAGACCUUAUUGUUGCUUAACUUUCUUCCUCUGUUCUACUCUGCUUCCCUUACUCCCUUUCUCCUGAGAGCCCUCCCUCAGUAAACUACUUGCACAGCCUAAGACAAUGCCUAACUCUAAGAGGACACUUGGAGGCAGUCAUCCUCUUCAAAGUCCAAGUCUGCAGCAGAUGACGCCUUUCCCUGCCUAGUAGUGUGACCAAGCAUCCAGUUUCCUGUGACCCAGAACUUCCAAUACCAAAACUGACAAAGUCCCAGGUAAACUGAGAUGAGAUUGUCACCCUACUGCCUAUCCAAGCUUCCUUCUUUUUCCUUUCUGAGAAGACCCUUCUCCUGGAGACAGGUCCUGGAGAAAACCUUCCUCUCAGGAGAGACUGUAUUUACCCACAGGAACCUGGCUUUGCCUCCUAAUGGGCUAACCACUGUCUCUCUCUGAACUUUUCACAAGCCAUUUGAAUUUUCCUUUUCUGACACUUGUCCUCUUGCAACAUCUCUCUGGCAUGUUUCAACCAAGAUUCAAAAGCUUCUCCCUUGGACUUGGAGUCUGAAUCCUUGAGGAUACUAUGAGUUUUCUCUACCUUGCAGUUUCCUUAAAAGGCUACAGUCAUCUCUAAUGCUCAUAACAGCAAUUUAGCCCAUUCCCAAGGGGCUCCAGGUUUGGGUCUGCGGAGGUGCACCUGUAUCCUAGUGUUUUGGUUAUUUUUUUAAAAACAAAUUUCCCCUUGCUCUUGAGAAUAAUGUCCAGUUUCCAUGACAUGAAAAUUCUUUCCUGACUCUUCCUGUUGCUAGACUCUCAUGAAGUCUCAAUAAUAAAAAGUCUCUUUCAACUCUGUUAAGAAAUGUUUUCUGAGACCCUUAUCAAUCCCUCUUUAGUGGUUCAGGUUCUGUAAGGCAGCAUAUAGAACAGUGGUUCUCAACUUUGGCUGCACAUUAGAAUCACUUGGGGAGAUUGAAAACAUUUCAGUGUCUAGGCCAAACCCACACUGCACCUGAAACAAAUUAACCCAGAACCUCUAGGGGUGGGACUCAGUCAAGAGCAUUGUUUAAGGCUCCCCCAGAUGAUUCUACUGUGCAGUUAAGGUUGAAAACCUCUGAUGUAGGGUCUAUUAACUUGAGGCCAGUGCCAAGUCACUGGUAAACUCCGAACCAGAGAUCUCUCAGGACCAUGAUUUUCCUGGGGCUUACAUACGUACCAUCUAGUUAGACCUCAUUGGCAGGGGUGUUGUUUUAUCACUUGCUUGAGCAUGGAUACCCCAUGCUAAUACCAGGUACAAUAUUUAUCAACAGUUGGUUAAAGGCUUGGGGAUUAUAGAGACAGUAGUUCCCAAUUAGCUGCUAUAUGUGACUGUUCCCUGAGCAUAAGAACUUUGGUAUGUCGUAAAGGGGUCUUGGACUGAGAGGAGCAUUAUAGCUCCUUCCAGCAUCAGCAAGAGGCUACUUCCUUGACCAAUUACAGGGCUGUCUCCAUACCUAACAACACAAUGCUUCUCAGCCUGGCUAUAGGCUACUUCAUUGAUCAGUGAUAGAACUGCAUAGUCGUCUCAGAGUGGGCUUGGCAAUGUGACUUUGUCUGCCAAUGUGCCAAUGGAACAACAAAUGUGACACAAAUAGCUGCUUGAUAAACACUUACACACUGAUUGGAGCUUGCAUACGUCAAAUUCUGCUGCUGUCAUAAAAGAAAAUCAGGCUAUCCUGCUGAGAGGCUGUGCGAGGGGGACCAAGAUAUGUGAAUGAGUCCAUUUUGGACCAUCAAGGCCUAGUCAAGUUACCAGAUGACUCAGCCAAAUAAAAGAGUCAAAAACUGCCUGCCUGAGACCGGCCUGAAUUGCAGAAUCAUGAGUAAAUAGUAAUAUUUUAAGCCUCUAUAUUUUGGAAUUGUUCGUUGUUCAACAGUAGAUACACCCUCUUUAAGGGCUUUCCAAGAAGUCCCACUUGGUGAUAACUGUUUAUAUCUCAUUGACCAGAACUGGGACAUAUGGCCAUCCCUGUAUGCAACAAAGACUGGAAAAUAUAGUUGUUUUAAAGUUUUUUUUUCCUUUUAAAUUAAUAUUUAGUGCAAUUGUAAGUUUGCAAAAAAAAGUCAUGCAGAAAGUCCUGAGUUCCUGUAUACUGCUUCACUCACAAUUAUCCCUAUUAUUAACCUUUUGCAUUAGGGUGGUACACUUGUUACAACUGACGAGCCAAUAUUAUUACAGUUAAUAUUUUUAACUAAACUCCAUAAUCAUUACCAUCCAUUACCAAAACUUUUCCAUCAUACUAAACAGAAAUUCUGUACCAAUUAAGCAUUAAUUCCACCCCCACCCCUGUUCCUGGUA